UAUUAUUGUUUAUAACACUAAUGUUGUUCAUCCGGCCAACGGGCGGGCCCAGUUCUAGUUGACAACUACAAUAAUUGUACGUUCUAUGAGACAAGCCGUGAGUUGUGAUAAUGUUCAUGCAUUGAAGAAACCAGAACCACAAAUGUUAUGGUGGUCCAGUAGGCUACAUGAUUAAACCUAGAUAUUUCUUGUAGUUGUAUUCACGACCAUAUUAUAAAACCCUCUCCUGUUCUGCUUACUUUUACGUUCCUACCAGCCGAUCGAACAUUAACGACAAUGGAGGAAGCUUCCUACAACCAAAUCUACCACUACGGCUAUUUCCUCCUUCCACUUCUCUUCUUCUCCGUCUACUACUUAUUAACCUCCGGCCGCCGCCGCGGAGGCCGGAAACUCCCUCCCGUUCCCCCGGGCGCCCUCCCGAUCGUGGGCCACAUGAGGCUCCUGAAGCACCCAGUCCACCGAGCCUUCCAGGCCCUGGCCCGCGACCACGGGCCCAUCUUCUCCCUCCGGCUCGGCAGCCAGCGCGCGGUGGUGGUCUCCUCGGCGGCCCUGGCGGAGGAAUGCUUCACAAAGAACGACAUCGUUUUCGGCAACCGCCCGCACUUCAUCCUGGGGAAGCACCUGGAGUACGACAACACCACCGUCACCAUGUCCCCCUACGGCGAGCACUGGCGCAACCUCCGCCGCAUCGGAGCCGUCGAGAUCUUCUCCACCGCCCGAGUCAACUCCUUCACCUCCAUCCGUCGCGAGGAGGUCCACCGCAUCGUCGCCAGGCUCAUGACUGGAGGGAGGCAGCGCGUGGAGCUGACGUCGGCGUUCAACGACCUGGCCUUCAACAACAUGACGAGGAUGGUGGCCGGGAAGAGGUACUACGGCGGCGGGGCGAGUGAGAGCGACGCUGAGGUGGCGAAGGAGUUCACGAAGAUAAUGAAGGAGGUGGCGGAGCUCGGUGGGGCCACCAACGCGGUGGAUUUCGUGCCGUUGAUGAGGUGGCUGGACCGCGGGAGGUUCGAGAAGACGGUGAAGGAGCUGGCCGGGAAUAUGGACCGGUUCUUCCAAGGGCUGAUUGAGGAGCAUAAGAGCAAGGAGAAGAAGCUAGAGUCUACCAGCACCAUGAUUGACCGCUUGAUUGCGUUGCAGGAGAAUGAUCCCGAAAGCUACGAUGACCAGUUGAUCAAAGGUCUUGUUCUGGUCAUGCUGCUGGCCGGAACCGACACCAACGCAGUAACGCUAGAAUGGAUCAUGUCAAACCUUCUCAACCACCCCGACGUACUGGCCAAGGCAAGGGACGAGAUCGAAAACCAAAUCGGGUUGGACCGCCUGAUCGAGGAGACCGACCUCCCCAACUUGCCCUACCUUAACAACAUCAUCUCCGAGACCCAGCGGCUGUACCCGCCGACGCCGAUGCUCGUCCCCCGCAUCUCCACCGACGACUGCGUGGUGGGAGGGUACCACGUGCCGCGGGACACCAUACUCAUCGUCAAUGCGUUUGCCAUCCACAGGGACCCCAGCCUCUGGGACGAUCCGACGACGUUCAGGCCCGAGAGGUUCGAUGAAAUUAGUGGUGCAAAAGAAGGUGGGAGGUUCUUGGCUUUUGGAAUGGGCCGGAGGUCCUGUGCGGGCCAGGGUGUGGCCCUGCGGGUCGUGGGCUUGACCCUGGGGACGUUGAUUCAGUGCUUUGAUUGGGAGAGAGUCAGGGAGGGAGAGGUUGAUAUGGCGGAAGCGAAAGGGAUCACGAUGCCGAGGGAGACGCCGUUGGAGGCGGUCUGUGUACCUCGUCCCAACAUGAAGAGAUUCUUCCCGUGAUUGAAAACCAAACCAUGCAUUGCCGGCCGGCCGGUCGGUCAGCCCAUCACCGCCGAGCUAUUACUGUGUUUCGCUGAAUAAUAAUAGUACUAAUUAAUAUAUAAGAAGAAUAAUGGUGGGCGGGAUUUGUCCGGUUGUGGGGUUGAUUCGGUGGGUGGGUUAGAUGUUGAGAGUGGUCCGGUUGUGAAGGACCAAUAUAUCUCUUCGAUUUGUAGGUAUGGCGUGCUCGGGUUGGCACGUGUAAGAUGAUGCACACUCAGAUCUAUAAAUUGAUGGUUUGGAUUAAUCUGAGGAUGGAUGGUUGAUAUUGAGGUUAUGCACCAAAUAUGUUUCGAGUUGGGUUUGUAGGGUUCUGGGAUUGGGAUACACGGAAAAGAAGAAGAGGAGCAUGUGUCUUAAUUAGGCGAAGAUAAACUCGAUCGGGUAACUUUGUGGGAUGCCAAUUGAAGAUAAAACUUAUGUAAAUGGUUGAAAUAAUAGAUGCAUUGCUUGGUUCAAUAUCCUGCAAAACGAACCACAUUUGGAGAAAAUAAGUAAUUCGUUUCAUUGCAUAAGCUAAACACAUGGAAGUCUUGUCACAUCGUCCUCCUCUCAACCAUUCGUUUGCAUUCACUAGUUUGAAUGAAAUCAUUUUUGGAGUUAACCCUGAAAGAAAAAUAAUUUGAUAGGGGUUAGGCUCACUGAAUAAGUUCUAACCUAAUGAAUACCUAGAUUAGAC